AUGCAAAUACCGUUUCUUCUCUCCACAGCCUCCCUUCUAACUAGGGCUGUGGCUGGAUCUUGUGCACCCACAUUUGAAGGUCGCAUUCCACCAAACGCCACAUCUGCGCUCUUCAGCUCGGCUGAAAGUCCUUUCAACCCGAAAUAUGUUCUAGGCAAAAAUAUUUCAUGGGACCAAGUGAUAUCUUUUCCAGAUGUUCAGCCGUCGAUUCUCGAUGCCGUAGCCCAGACCAAACCAAUUGAGAUCAAAAUCACUGACGCAUCUAUCUUCUCCUCCUCCUCUGAGGGUCCCGAAACCGCUCUCCGCCGAGCCGAACUCCUCGUCAAUAACCGUCCCUCCACAGUUUCGGGCACAAAAACUUGGUUCCUUAGUCUCCGCACCUCCCCCGCCCGUCCUCUAAACUACACACAUGAAUACCUUCUCGCCUUCCAUGAAGCCGCUGACUACCAAGCUGAUUUCUGGUCUCUUAAGACUGGUGUCCCGAUGACAGGAUCCUAUGGCGAAAUCAUCGGCUUCAGAAAUGCCAGCGUGGAAGGCGGGGUCCAAAACUGGAUGGGUGAAGGAAGAGUCCUCUAUCUGCAAGGCUACAAAUGGGCUUCGCCUGUGCAAACCUUCUUCCUAACCCCGUUCUACCCCGACACAUGGCAUAAUUUUGGCAUAUACCUCGACUUCAACAGUAACCAUUUGCAAGUCUUGUACUCUACUGAUAACAACCCUUUACACUUAGUCACACCACUGCUUCCCAAUAAUUUGUCAGGAAAAGCGCCGACGACGCUUGGGGAGACACAUUUUGGUAUUCAGAAGAAGCCGGUAGGUGCGAAUUUGACGAAUUUCUUGUAUGAAGGGGAACAGGAGUUGGGGGUGAGAGAGGGGUUACUUAUGGGGGGAAUUUCGCAGAUUGAGGGAUUUCCGAUGGGGUGUAAUUUUUCGUUUGUCCAAAUUCGGAGCAAGGCUAUUGAUUGA